CAGAUUCUCAUUUCUGGGUUAAAUUUUAUAGCUAUUUUAUAUCUACCCAAUGAAAUAGGUGAAGGCUGAAGUGUAAUCUGGGAUACCAAGAAGUUGUUUCCGGGUGCAUUUCUACACUUGGUUGUCCAUGUUUCAUCGGCGUGGCUCGUGACACAAGUUUAACUUUGGCUAUUACCUAUGGACUACUGUAUAUGCUGAAGUUUCAUGUCACAGUAUCAUCAGAGCUGAGGUGCUUACUUAAGGAAUUUCAUGCGGCAGUUCAGAGAAGCGGAGUAUUUUUAAAGCCAUGUUGGCAUCGGACAUUAUCACUCUUGGAGCUGCUAUUUUCGGACUGUUGACAUCUAUUGCAGGCUCAUCAGCUUGCAUUUAUAAUUCUUAUCGAACGAGUAGAAUCAAUUUGUCGAUUCUGAAAGUAAAAGUGCACAACUUGGAAAUUUUGAUUGAAGGACUUCAACAGAAACUAAAUAGUUUUGAUGUGAUUAAGCCCGAUCCUCGUCCAUGGAUCCGUGAAGCUAGAAAAUUUUUAGAUGGAGUGAAUGUCCCGGACUUGGAAAACCGUCUGAACGAUAAUGUUUGCUACCGCUAUGGUGCUGUCAAGUCAAUUGAAGAUAAGCUUCAAGAACUCGAUGUUUUAUUGGAGAAUGUCAAACAAAUCAAUCAACAAAUUAAGAUCAAAGGGUCUAAACAGCCAGAGGUUAGCCUUGUCGGUUGUGCUCGAGAAGACAUACAACAGAAGAUUUGGGAGCUGGUUAAAAAUGUGGAAGCCAAUGGAACUGUGUGUAUUCAUGGAAUAGCCGGUGUUGGAAAGUCCGCUCUAGCGGCAGCCAUCCAUAACAAAGUGCUUAUAGAGUUGGCGGGUUUCGAGAGUAUCGUUUGGGUGAAUGUCGAGUAUGGAUUGGGACUCAAACAUGUUCAAGAAGAGCUUGCAAGCAAGUUACAUGUAGACCUUUCGGGAAUUACAGAUAAUGUCGAAAGGUCUAAGGCGCUGCGGAGUGCACUGGUGCAAAUGGGGAGGUUUCUGCUGGUAUUAGAUUCUAUGUGGCAACCCUUUUCAUUGCACGAUAUUGGAAUCCCAGAACCUGAUGCAGGUUCAAAGCUGAUAGUGAUUUCAAGGAAUUUUUCCGUCUGUAGAAAGAUUACGAGAAAAAUCAAACGCAAAGAAAUAUUCGAAAUAAAACCACUUUGCGAAGCUGAGGCUUGGGAGCUGUUUGAGAGUGAAGUGGGGACUAAUAUAAUGCAUUUAGAAAGCGAGACUCUUCGUAUUGCACGAACUGUGAUACACAAUCUCGAUGGCCUUCCAUUGGCGAUCAAAAUGUUAGCCGAAAAUCUCAGUGAAAUUCAUGAUGAUUACAGUAGUCGAAUCAAUGCUGCUUGGCGAGAAGAGUUAUUUGCAUUGAGCCGAUCAUCAUAUAUUCUCGGUAACAAAAGCCAAGAGUUAUAUGAUUGUUUCAAGGGUAACAAAAAGCAAAUUAUAUGGUGAAUCAUGUUACACUGGUCCAGCCCACCUUAUACUAAUGUCCUAAAUUUGCCCCUAUUAGCAUGGUGAAGGGGAGUG